GACUUUAUUUGCUUCGAAAUGAAAAACCUCAUGCGCUUCGUCUGAGGAAAUCCGCCUGCAAUUUCAAACCCUUCUCCGAUAUUCUACAAUGGCCGCCGUUACUACAUUCUCCUUCUCUUCGAUCGGUCAAUCACUGGAGAGGAAGGGGUUCAAUGUUAUUUCUUCAUCUGCUCGUGGCUUAUCAUCCACUUCGGAUGUGUUUCGCUUCCCUACGAGCUUAGCCUUUGAUUCCCUCAAUUUCCGCUCUUCGUUUUCGAGUUCGAGCUCAAUAACGGUAGUUCAUUGCAUGUCCACCGGUAAAAUUUCAGAAGUGCCCACUGUGUCACAGACAAAAAUGGAUUUCUUAAAGGCUUACAGACGGCCGAUUCCUAGUGUGUAUGGUUCUGUGCUACAAGAACUGAUUGUGCAGCAACAUUUGAUGAGGUACAAGAAAUCAUAUCGGUAUGAUCCCAUUUUUGCCCUUGGGUUUGUGACCGUAUAUGAUCGCCUCAUGGAAGGUUAUCCAACUGAAGAUGAUAAGGAGGCUAUUUUCAGGGCAUACAUCAAUGCAUUGAAUGAGGAGCCUAAUCAAUACAGAGUUGACGCCCAAAAGCUAGAAGCAUGGGCGAGUGCUCAGAAUGCCAAUAGCCUUGUUGAGUUUUCAUCAAGGGAAGGAGAAGUUGAAAACAUCCUAAAAGACAUUUCAAAAAGGGCUGCAACAAAGGAUGGUUUUAGCUAUAGCAGGUUUUUUGCAGUUGGACUUUUCCGCCUACUUGAGCUAUCAAAUGCAACUGAGCCAACCAUCCUAGAGAAGCUUUGUGCUGCCUUGAAUGUGAACAAACAAAGUGUGGACAGGGAUCUUGAUGUUUAUCGCAAUUUACUCUCUAAGUUGGUCCAGGCUAAAGAGCUAGUAAAAGAAUAUGUGGCCAGGGAGAAAAAGAAAAGGGAAGAAAGGGAAACUCAAAAGUCCAGCGAAGCUGUAAAAAAAUGUGUGGGGGUAUACCAGAUUGCAGUCUGAUGAUUCAAAUUUCUACUUGUGCCUCAUUUGGACCUCGUUCUUUCUCCAGCAAACUGUUUAUUAGUUUGUAUCACAAUAGAGUCUGGACUCCCGAAGCUUGGGGAUUCUGCACAUCUGGAAUAGAAUUUUAAUCACAAUUCUGGAUAUUGAUCUGAGGAUGUGAUUGAAGAUAUAUCCCAGCAUUAAUUGCUUCACCAAUUAAUGUGUAAGUUCUGCUACAAGCGUGUGCGCUUACACAAGGAACAACUGUAACUUGCAUAUUUAUCAUUCUUUCCUUCAUCUGGAAAGAAGUAAUGGUGUAUGUUUCAAAGGACUGGAUAACUUAAUUUUAUGUGUAUAUUUAUUUUUAAAAGGAGGGAUCUCCUCUCAAAUUGGUCAACCACCUAGACAUUCUCGCCGUGUUGGACAUCGCCAACAUGUCCGCACCACAGUGACGUCAAUGACAACAUAUUGGGCCUAAUGGCGACACUGUGACGUCGGCACCAUUGUGCACACUGGAUUUUUUCCUUCUCAUCGCGAUCUCCAAUUCUGAUAUAUUGUCGUCACACUUGGGGGGGUGAACACAGAUUGUGGUUCCGGUUCAGUUCUAGUCCCCCUUAAGGUAAUAAUUGAAACCCGAACAUGUAGUAGUGGUAUGGUUCAAGGCUAGACAGAAUCGGUGGAUACGGUUUCAGUUCUUAAUCAUGUACUACUUGCCUCUCACUAAUAUAGAUACCUGAAGUCUGAAGAAGUGUGAAGUUAUUAAGAAAAGUGAGUUUACAUGGUUGAUAUUGAAUUGAUAAAGUAAAAAUAAAGUAAGAACGGUUUAGGCUUGUUUGGUAAUGGUUGUAAUGGUUGAAAUGAUUGAAAUUGCUGAAGUGGAAGUGUUUGAUAAUAUUUUGGGCUUUUUGGCUAAAGUAGCUGAUUGAAUGUAUAAUUACCAAAAAGGGUAUUUGUUUUUUGCAUUGUGACUAUAUGUAUCAAUGUAUGUAGUU